AUGGUUUCUAUCAAGUGGGCAUCGAUUGCAGCUCUAGCUGGCUUUUAUCCAGCCAAGGCACAGAACCUCAUUUUUGACUCUGGACGGAGUGGUCCGUCCCUUGAAGUAAUGCAUUUGUAUCAUGACCAGUGGCCUACAGGGACCAAUGGCAAGUACACGGUAGCCGAGCUCUUUGAGAACAAUAUCGAGAAGCCAUACCCAAGCGUCGAGUUCAAUAGUCCACCUGGCGGCGCAAUCAACUUCACUACCACUCCACCGACGGUCGCGAAUUACAAGGACUACCUAAUCGGUGUACAGAGCGUGGUCAUUGACAGUGCGGACCGUCUUUGGAUUUUGGACACUGGAAGAGUCUUGACACCACAAGGGGUCCUCGUUCCUGCGAGCGUUGGCGGCGCAAAGCUGAUCGGCGUCAAUCUGACAACAAAUUCAGUCAUCAAGACCAUUGUCUUUCCCAACACCGUCGCAUACCCCGACAUAUACCUGAACGACGUUCGAUUUGACCUGGAUCCUAAUUUGACCAGCAGUGGUGAGGGUGUUGCGUACAUCACUGAUUCUUCGAGCGAGGGCAGGACAGGUUUGAUCGUGGUCGAUCUCGGAUCUGGUGAAUCGCGGAGACACCUCGACGGAAGUCCCUACGUGCAGGGCGACCGGCAGUUCCUCGCAUUUGUCUGGGUCCGGGAGCUCUACGCGAAUCAGGCCGGCAACCGAGCCGGUCAUCUGACCUUUGGUGCUGAUGGUGUCGCUCUCGGAAAGGAUGGCAAGACGUUGUAUUUUGGCGGCGUCGGCAACAGAUACCUGUACAGCGUUCCCACGGAACGUCUACGAGACAAUGGUCCAAUGUCUCAGAUUCGGGCUCAGGCGGCUGUUGUGACGGAGAGUCAAAAGGGACUUUCUGAUGGCUUCGAGACGGACACGAACGGGUUCAUCUACCAUGGAAAUUUCGAGCACAACGCAGUCAACUUCUUCAACCCUGAGAACGGGACCGAUCAGGUAUUCCUGCGAGAUCCAAGAAUCAACUGGGCUGACACAUUCUCUGUGGCCACGGAUGGGUACAUCUACUUCACCAACAACCAGCUAGUAUUCGGCCCUGCAGUCUAUCCUGGGACAGACCCAUUUCGUUGCUGA